GUCGUCGCCGGCGCCGCGACGCCAAAGUAGUCACGGCUGUGAGUGCCGCGUCUCAUCCUUCGAGCAGUGCGUGUUCAUCUCGCGACGACACGUUUUUUUUUCUCGUUGGUCCUGGCAAACUCGCGCUUUAUUUGCACCACGCACACAGUCACGUUGCUCAUAUAUGUUACUUCUGGUUCCUGGCAAAUUCGCGCACGUGACACUAUCGCAUCUCUCGCGAUUUUCUCAUCAUCGUCUCUCGCGGACGUUCUACAUCCGUAUGUUAUUUCAUUGCGCGCUUCCCGAGCUCUGCGAGCGUUGUUCAAAGAGGAACGUGUCCGAGCAAACGCAUGAAGGAAGUUAUCAAAUACCGCAUGACAGGCUUGUCACGCACGACAGGAUGCUGUGAGAUUCUACUCUCAAAAUCGAAGCAUAAUCUGGUAAAGCAGACAAGAGAAAGUUCGUCUUGAAACUAAUAUCCGUCAAACUAAUAAUCUUGGAUCGUGCGCUCAGCAAAUGAUUGACAGAAUGACAUCAAUGUCACGUACGUUAUCCUCGUCAACAACACAAACUUUAGUUAUGUCAAUAUCUCCGUCGUUAUUUUCUGACAGAAUACUAAGAAGAUAUCUGUAAGUCCGCCUAGAUAUAAUAAAGUUCUGCUGCGAUUAAUUACAUUAUGUAAUAAAGAUCGGUGUAACAAAUUGUUCGAGAACAAGAUAUGCAGUCAAGUGUUUUUCUAUACUUCGUUUCGCUCUUGGAAUUCUGAUUCAUAUUUCAAAACCAAUGAUGAUGAAUACAACGAUGGAUUACGGUCAAAAUUCAACUUACAACCUAAACUCAACGCACAACGAUAUAGGCCAAAAUUGCGAGGCUGAAUUGCCAAUCGUCGCUCUGGUCAACCAGAUUCUUUACUCUGUCGUCUGUAUCGUCGGACUCCUCGGGAAUACCUUGGUCAUUUAUGUCGUUUUACGCUUCUCGAAGAUGCAAACAGUGACGAACAUGUACAUCGUAAAUUUGGCGAUCGCGGACGAGUGCUUCCUGAUAGGUAUACCGUUCUUAGUGACGACGUUUAGUUUGCGCAGCUGGAUCUUCGGUAAAAUCAUGUGCAAAGCCUAUAUGACCACGACAAGUAUUAAUCAGUUCACCAGCAGCAUCUUUCUGUUCAUUAUGAGUGCCGAUCGUUACAUCGCUGUGUGCCAUCCGAUAUCAUCUCCGAAGAUGCGCACGCCGUUCAUCUCGAGAGUGGUCUCGCUUACCGCCUGGGCCACCAGCGCUCUCUUCAUGGUCCCGGUAUUUCUUUACGCAAACGCCAUGGAAUCUCCGGAAGGUGUUGUCAGUUGUAACAUUUAUUGGCCUAAUGAUCGUGGCGGCCAGACUUCCUUCACUCUUUACACCCUCAUUCUAGGCUUUGCAGUUCCUCUGAUACUCAUAUUGAUUUUUUAUUUUCUCGUGAUCAAAAAGCUGCGCACGGUAGGACCAAAAAACAAAUCGAAGGAAAAGAAACGAUCGCACCGGAAGGUCACCAAGCUGGUGCUAACAGUGAUCACUGUAUAUGUUUUCUGCUGGUUACCUUACUGGGUCACUCAAGUGGCGCUGAUAUAUACUCCGCCGAAGCAAUGUCAGAACAGUAUCGCCAUUACCAGCUUUCUUCUAGCUGGUUUUCUCAGCUACAGCAACAGCGCAAUGAAUCCGAUUCUAUACGCUUUUCUGAGCGACAACUUUAAGAAGAGCUUUUUGAAGGCGUGCACCUGUGCCGCUGGCAAAGAUGUGAACGCGGCGCUGCAUAUAGAGAACAGCGUAUUCCCAAGAAGGAACAAGGCCAACGUCGACAGACUCCAGUCUAACCGCAUGGUCACCUCCGGACAAUCUAGAAUAGAACUUGAGGACGAGGAGGCAGAGAGAGGCUUGCUCAUCAGCAAAACCUCCACAACCACAGUGACCAUGACGUCGCGAUCAAACAUCACGGUUAGCAGCGAGCCCAGAGACCUUGCACAGAGAGAUAAGGAUCUAAUUAAGAACGGUGCACAGUUAACUUUGUUGACGCAGGUUUAAAGCUCUCCCUCCCGGACUGGAAUUAUCUGAUUCCGGAAUGAGCUUUCUCUCUGUCCGUUGGAAACGAUAGGCUUAUCCGCUUGCUGGAUCCUGAUCGUAGCGAUGAUAUUUAUAUCUAUUGCGCUUCACAAAGGCCGAGAAGAUCAAGAUUAAGUGCAAUGAUAAAAAGUUAUUAAAGAUGCAUCGGUUUGUCAGAGUGAUAUAUAUGUGACAUCGGCGAGUGAUUUCAUAGUGUUAGCAGUGUGAUCCGAAACUCUUUAUAAAAUCACACGACAAUCGACGAAUAGAAUAGAAAGAAAUACAAAGAAGCUGUGUUUCAUAUGAAUGUUAAUUCUUGGUGCUAUCUGUUUCGACACAACAAUUAACCGAAUAAUUUGAAAGUCAUUGAUGUUAUAGUCUAGAAAAAUUUGUAAGAAUCAACGCGAGACAUAUUUUAGAAUCUGUAUCGUCGCGAAAGUGUCGAGCUAGAACUUAAGUAUUUUUUUCGUAAAAAUGAUUUCUCUAAAUGCAACACAAUCGUUGUACCUGACUGUUGUUCGCCACAAUAUUUAUAUAUUAUAAUAUUACCCGAAUCUUAAAUAAUAUAUGUAUGUGAAGAUUAUCUUAUAAUCCGAAGACAUUGCGCUCAAUUCUAAAUGCAACGAUCAUUUCUUAUCGUAUUUCUUAUCAUAUUCUUCCAUUCGAUAAAACGAGAAGAACUUUUUUCUGUAUCUAGUAAACAAUAUAUCACUGGACAGAACAUAAAAGCUUAUGAUCGAUGAUCCUCAUUCCUCAUGAACAUCCGAAAACAAAUCGAGGUGGCCGAAAGAGUUGCGCCUGGUAUUGAUCUGUGAAUACUUACAAAAAAAAUUUCUGUCAGAUUUUGUGAUGAUUUAUCUACUUUUCAUAGUGAUAACAAAUGUGUGUGUAAUGUUUCA